AUUAGGUUCCCUUUUACUAGAUCAUCGGCGAGUAUUAUUACAGUAUGCAUGCAACUUCACGAUGGUUCCGCGAUACCGGUACUGUACCGUCCCAAGCAUUGACAGGGGAGCUGACAUGAGUAUUCGCGUCACAUGCUGGUACAUGUACCUAAAUAAUGGCACCGAAUCGAGCCUGAGUAGUCGUUCAACCCUUGCUUGUUGGCUUCGCAUUUACCAGUAAGCUGCAAUGGGACUAGUAAAACCACCAAUGUCACACCUUUACUUAUGGCUGGGCGGCUUGAAGCAUUUUCUGUUCGCUUGUUCGCUUUGCUUCACAGCACGAAUGCUGCUCUGCUCGAAGACUGACUCGGCUCAGGCUGCCACUGUAAGUCCUCUUGACAAAUAAUCAGAACCAACCAGUUCGUAGCUACAGUACAGUAAACACCCCCACCCCCGAUACCACAAAGAUUAUACCACGAUGGCAGAGUUUCAAGACGACGCAAAACGCUUGGCCUUCGAGCCUGAUCAGACGGAUGCCAAAGGAGUGUUGGAUGAUGAACGAGAAAAGCUCGUCAUAGGCCUGUCGAGGGGCGCCGGAAAUACACGCUACACCAAUGCUGACAACAAAUUCAAACAAAACUAUCACCGGUUGGGUUGGGUUGUGCUCUCACUGUUUGCGUGGGUGUUUGUGGCCAUGGCCAUUUGUGCAGCUACUUUGCAAUACGUUAUCAUUCCUCGUGAGUCUUUUGGCAGGUGGAAUACAGAGAAAACGUACUCUACUUUUAACAACCCAGCAGUGGAUCUUGUCAAGAUCACAAUACCUCCAAUUCAAGCGUGGGUGCGAGGCUUGGACCAACCACAAGGAGACAUUGGCCGGAUACCCCUCUUGCCUGCGAACGACGACAGGCCAAUCGAUCCAAUAGAACGCCACUGCGUCGAGUCCUUCCUGGCUGCUGGGUUUUCGAUUGAUGGCAUCUUUGCUUCGGAUGCUGUCAUGACCCUUGCACAAUCUAGUGAGAGCAAGGCUUCUGAUGGAAUAAUGAAUGCUGCAUACUUGGCGUUUGCUAGUGAUUUGAGCCCAUUCAUUGAUUCGGCUGAAACCUUGGACUACACGCUUCGAUUUACCGGCUACGACAGCAAUGGCAAGACCUGCAACUUCGCUGUCCUGGGAAUACAGCAGUUCAAAUUCAACAAAGACUACUCAGCUUUUCCCAUCACAUCCAAUGUUACGACUGGACUGUCGAUUACUUUUGAUGCGAAUCAAGGAAAGCUCACCAGCAUUCGCUUCCACAUCCCACGGGAGUUCCUCAACUUUCUCUUUGGUACUCUCUUGAACAAUGACCACAUGCGAGAGUAUGUAUGCUCUGUCAUGUCUGGAACGUGCGGCAUGGACCAAGAACAUGACAACCGUGGUGCGUCAUGUGAGGAGAAGAUAGCUUCCAUUCCUGUCAAGGCGGAAGUAAGCACCCAACAUGGCACUUCACAAAGCUGCAUAAUCCUCUAUGCAGUGCUUGCCGAACAUAACCCAGAGCACUGCCCCCGCAUCGCGACCAUACCAACGGAGGACAAGAAUGGCAAGAUCAGGUGUCCAGAUUCCCUCCUUUCGGAUUCGGACGCCACUGAAGGAACCGACCGCUCUUUCUUCGCUGACUGGGCGAAAGAUUUUGGCUACGAUCCAGACACUGGAUAUUCCCUGCGCUGUGACAGCAACAACUGUGAUGAUUGCCCCGAGGGAACAGUGAAUUGCCCUGUUGCUUUGGCGAACUCGUCGUUUCCAAUCACAGCAAUGACAACUGAUGACUUUUCUGGCUCAUCUGGUAUUGAAGAACUGGCCGUCAAACUGCAAGAGAUCGUUCCAAAGACCUCCCCCACUUCUGUUGAGUACGUUUUACAAAACCUUGGGCUAUCAAAUCUCCCUUCUGUUCGAGCUUUGCUACAACCAUACUUGGCUGUUCCCCAGGACCUAAUCCACAAAUACAACCAGUCCAGUACUUGUUUGCAAUCAAUGGAUCCUAUGACCAGUCUCGCUUAUGUAUUUCUCAAGAAAGAACUCAGUACAUCAGUGGAUGGGACCAACAAGCAUGACAUCGGCUCAGCUUUUGUUACGUUCGCCAGAAAGAAUCGAGGUGUUCUCGAGUAUUUUGUGAACCAAGCCGCCGUAUACGACGAGCUCUCGUUGGCUGCACUGCGGGACACCCAGGUACUCAACGAGAUCGUCGAUGCAAUGAUUCACGAGCAACGCCUUGUUAGAGAAGAGAGCAUUCAGAAACACUUCUCCAAGGAUGAGGCCGAUGAACUGAUCAAGGUGUACCGUGCCACAGCCUUGAGCCUGCGACUGUUCGCCAAGGAGAUUGCUGAAAACUCAAACGAUUCAGCCCGGACUAGGCACAAGGGCCUCAUCAUGAACCUGCUUGGAUUGGUUCGACGCGAUAUCGAGCGACAAUUGGAGGACAAUGGACGAGUUGGCUUGGCUUUAGCUUCCAACGUUCAGUUUGGGCCUUCAAAUGACGACACUUCACAAUGGAUCGUAGGGCAGGAAUUCUUAUCGACUCACUUGGCUUGGUCCGUAGCUUCCAUUUGGGGUUCCUUGCCGUUGGACUACCUGGGCUCUGUUCUCAUCCCCGCUGUCUCGUGCAGAGCUGCUGGCAAAGAGAGUGGCUCUUUCCUGGCAAUUCAAUCGAUUUCUACCUGUCUCUCCCUCAUGCAUCAGCUUCAACCUCCCAAGACAGCGGUUGCAUUCAUUGGAGCUCGCAAAUUUUCUGAGCUAAAAGACUUCUACGAGAGCCAGUGGUCGGACAACAUAACAAAAUCCCGAUACGAAACGGCUGCAGCAAUGGGGGAGUCCAAUCUCCGACACGCGAACAUCGCGAGUCCAUCAUUUGAUCGAAUUGAGGAGAUGUUGUUUGAGCUUUGCGGACGAUUCUGCCAUUAUGGGUCAUGGGGGAGCACCGGCACUGCAGUCUUCAUGUCCAGCUUGGACAACGAUACAUGGAAUCUGUUUCUUCUGUUUGUUGUGUGGAUAACAAUCGAGUUGUCGGGCUUGGGUUUGGAGCUCAUGGUGUACGUUUUAGUCCUGUUGCGUCGCGGCUGGACAGAGAAAGAAGACCGCGUGUUCCAGCUAGGCCAGUUCUUCUUUCCUCUGCUGGCAGUGACCGCCUUAGGCCUUUCAGUGAAAGGGAACUACAUGGCUUUGCCUUUCAUUGUCCUGGGACACUGGAAAUUCGGUUUCCCGGAAACGUUGCUUUACCAAUUUGUCGCUUUGUUCGGAGAGGCGCCCCUCUUCCGCGCGGUUGCACCAGGAAGGUUUGACCUACCACAAACUCAUAUGUAUCGUCACAUGAGAUGGCAUGGGCAGACCCGUUCCAAUGUCGGAAGAGUCACUGAUUUCCUCAAUGGUACCGGCACUGCUCUGCAUCACGCUGCGGUUGCCAUUGGAGUUGCUGCCUUGCUAACUGGAGUUGCUAGAGCGGAUCGCUACGCCAUCACUCCUCCGUUGAUUCUUGCAAUGCAGCACUGGUUUACGCUCCUCUCGCCCAUUCACUUUGCAUCGUAUGUUGCUGUUCAAAUCCUGUUGGAAGUUGCAUUUGAGUGGGUCAUUUUCAGCGAACUUGAGUAUCUUGCAGGUAAUCACUGGGUAGCAGCCCUGAGUGCCUGUACCAUGGUGGUAGCACAUUGGCAGUAUUUUCUAGCUGGUGCAAUUGCCCUCACGGACCGUGCUCCAGAAGACGUCGAACCUCAUGCGGUGGAUCCUCUUUCGAAGUCUUUCCUGUUGUCACUGACGCAGGAUCAACGCUCCGCAAAGCUGUCCGAAAGCCGCAUGGAUGAGGAGGUAGUUGCGGUGGACUCCAGGAAAAAAAACGAUCACCCGCAAAAGUCAUCGAUUCAAUUUGAAGAUGGCUCCCCCCUCUGGGGUUCUACAGAUGAUACGUCUGUGUAAUGGAUCCAUUGACGGGGAUGUGUCAAAACCCCAUGUGCAUCCGGAAACCCCCUUAUUACGGCUUGUAUCCACCUUCACUGCUGUUAGGCCGGAAUACCGAAACUGUAAACACGAAAUGUAUGUGAGGUGAAUCCACUCUUUGAACACGUGCACGUCAAAUGCAGAUCUCAUGACGUACCCGAGAAUCGUCAAGGGGAGACACAAGAACCGAUGGAAGAGCUUCGUUGCUUUUUGUUUUCAAUGGAAUCCUUCCAAAGCAAAUGCCCCAUGCCACUGAUGGUCUCAUUUCCGGGCUGUUCUGUAAUCCUCAGGGGAUCGACAGCAUCCAUGUGUAGAUAUCGGCAAGCUUUGAUGCAGUAAUUCCCACACUAUGUCCUCUGACUCUGCCCGUGAAUCCUUCUUGGUCUGUAUCAUAUCGUGUGUAGAGAACGAGAGAAGAAGUAGUGACAGAACGCAACGAGGUCACCAACUGGUCGCUGUAUGCCACGGGAAAGAUCACAUCGUCCGCCGAAUGAAAGAUCCACAUGGGGACGUCCUUCAGUCGUUCCAGUGCCAACUUUGGCAAAACACCGCUAAAGCCGUAGGCACAAAUGAUACAAGCUUUGAACCGUCGUGUGGUCGCCAGUUCCACGGCCACUGUGGCUCCAUCACUAAAGCCAAAGAGAAAGACACGGGCCGGAUCAAUGUUGGCGGGACAGCCUGCCUCUUGGCCCUGUUCGCUGCAAACCCAUUCUACGAAUCGCAGCAACUUGGACCGAGGUUCUUCGUAGAAGGAUUGUUUUCCAGCGGCAUAUGGGGCCACCACGGCAAAGUUAUCAGUGGCCGUCUCGGGAGCUGUAUCGCAGGCAAUCAAACUGGGUAGCAGCCCUGCAUGUUCCCCCUUUGGGUCUGCCAAACUCCACACAGUUUCAUCGUUCUUUCCUGCUCCAUGCAAGACAACUAGAAGGGGUAUCUUCUUGUCCUGGUUAUUGCUGGCACUUUUUGGAUUCGAAUAUACCAACGCCGGGUAGGUAUUGGGAUCCGUCACAGACUUCAAAUAAUAAUAAUCCUUCUUUUUGCUUCCCGUGACACCCAAAGCUGCCUUGCUUCCACUUCCGACGAGAAAAGGAGGAAUGAUGGCACUAGAGACUGCAAGGACAUUGACGCCAAAAAGACGGGGCAACAACUCCCGACGGGCAAGCUCGGCCGUGCUGUUGCUCUGCCGUUGUUGAUGGCAGCACAGAUCCGUUUCUCUUCUUUCGACCGGUACAGCCGCCAAUGCAGAACGCCCGUAGCUAGCAGACCGAAACAGAAACCCAUAAACAGUACUGAUGUUGCUACAUGUAGCGAUGAACGGAAGCAACAGUGCUAUCCAUCGGGACAUGCUGGAGGAUCUGUUGUUACUGCACCGUUCUCUCGAAGGGUCGACAACGAUGGCAACAUCGCACAAGGAUCCAAAUCGAAAGAUCCAAAAUCGAAUCGAUUGAAUCGAAUCAAUCGAUCGAAGUCCAAAAGAUUCGAUUCACUG